AUGCAAACAAGUGCAGCUUUAGCAUACAAUGGAGGUACAGGAUACGGACAAGAUGUUGAAGGAUUACGAAAGUCUGAACCAGAUGAUUACCUACACGACCCUCGUGGCGCUGAUAAACAUUCAAGAAAAGUUUCAUUAGGAGGAGCAUUGAACAUCUUGACUUUGGUUAUUCUUGUAUCAGGCUUGCUAAUGUUGUUUGCCGGUUAUCCAAUCGUGUACCAUUUUGUGACAGAACAAGAAGGUAACAAGGGAGCAUACGGAUUAGGAGGUACAAACGGAACAGGUCAAGUCGCAUCACUCUCUACCGUUCGUCCUUUGGUUGAUCCCGAUACGCCUGCUGCAAGCAAACAAUGGACUUCACCCGUCACCAAAACACAAUAUCAGCUCCAAUUCUCUGAUGAAUUCGAACAAGAAGGCAGAACAUUCUGGCCAGGUGAUGAUCAAUAUUUCGAAGCAGUAAACAUUUGGUACGGUGCAACACAAGAUUACGAAUGGUAUUCACCCGAAGCCGUCAACACAACAGGCGGUGCACUUGUUAUCACGAUGACUGACCACCCUACCCACAACCUUAACUUCCAAUCUGGAAUGGUUCAAAGUUGGAAUAAGCUCUGUUUUACUGGAGGUUAUAUCGAAUUCUCCAUCAUUCAGCCAGGCUCACAUUCAACAAAAGGAUAUUGGCCUGGUGCUUGGGUGAUGGGUAAUUUGGGCAGACCGGGCUAUUUGGGCACUACGGAUGGAAUGUGGCCUUACUCUUAUCAAGGAUGCGAUACAGGUAUCUUGCCAAAUCAAACAAACGCUCAAGGUGGUCCAGUGCCAGCUGUCCAUUCUACAGCUCAAUAUGCUGCUAACGGUCAAUUGUCUAAAUUACCCGGAAUGCGAACAUCUGCUUGUACAUGUACCGGAGAAGAUCAUCCUGGACCAAAGGUUACGGUAGGAAGAAGUGCACCGGAAAUUGAUGUUUUAGAAGCACAAAUUCAAACCAGAGAUGGUGUUACGGAUUCGUAUGCCAGUCAAUCUUUGCAAACUGCUCCUUUUGAUGAGUCAUACUUCUGGGUCAAUACAACUCCAGCUACGACUAUCUUUGGAUCUAAUACGGAAAUUAAUACAUACGUCGGUGGACCAUUGCAAGAAGCAGUUUCAAGUGUUUCACUUAUCCCAAGAAGAGGUUUUGUAGAUGUGGAUAUGCCUGAUGCACAAAAGUACGUAACCUUUGGAUUGGAAUGGGAACCUGAUUAUAAUUUGAACGGAGGUGGUUCUGUUACCUGGUAUGUGGAUGGUAAACAAACAUGGCAAGCAACAGGUGCUUCUUUGCCACCAAGUACACUCAUGCAAAUCUCUCAAAGAGAAAUUCCUGUCGAGCCAAUGAGUAUCAUUAUGAAUUUGGGUAUCUCUUCUGGUUUCCAAUCGAUCGAUUGGGAUCCAACAACCGGAGUCAAUUUCCCUGCUCAAAUGAAGUUUGAUUACGUUCGUGUUUACCAAGAAAAAGGCAAAGAAUCGCUAACAUGCGAUCCUGACGAUUAUCCAACUGCCGAUUAUAUCAACAAUCAUAUCGAUGUUUAUAACAAUCCAAACAUUACUCAAUGGAAGGAAAGCAAGUAUACAUGGCCAAAGAAUAAGUUGACCGGAUGUUAA